GAACAAACAGUGCCUCUGCCUCCUGUCCACCCACUCUCACUCCACAGUCUCACUCACUCCCUCUGUCACUCACUCACAGCUCCGUUUCCCCGUUUCUUCCUAUAAAGCUUCCCCCCGGUCCGGUCCCAGGCCAAGAACCCCGCCAUAAACCACCACCACCACCCCGCGCUCGCCGCAAUGCAGAUGCGGCACCUCGGCCUCCUCCUCCUCGUCGCGGCCCUCCUCGCCGCGCCGCCCGCCGUGUCGGCGUGGCGUCCGUGGCCUCCGCGGAACGAGACGGGCGGCGGCGCGGCGUCGGGUCUCGGCGCGUCGAAGAAGUUCGAGGGGUCGUCGGAGUUCGUGAAGCUGCAGUACCACAUGGGCCCGGUCCUUGCGACGGCCAUCACCGUGCACCCGAUCUGGUACGGGCCCUGGCCGGUGGAGCAGAAGCGGACCAUCCGCGCGUUCCUCCGCUCCCUCGCGCCGCCGCCGGAGGAGGAGGCCCGGAUCCCGCGGCCCUCCGUGGCCGCGUGGUGGCGCACGGUCCGGCUGUACACGGACCAGACCGACGCCAACGUGUCGGCGGCGGUGUCGCUGGGUGCGGAGAAGUCGGACGCGCGCAUGUCCCGCGGUGCGCGGCUGUCGAGGAUGGACAUCCAGGCGGUGGUCCGCGACGCGGUGGGCGCGCGCACCCGGCCCCUCCCCGUGGACUCCGGCGGUGUGUACCUCGUCCUCACCUCGCCGGAGGUGGUGGUGGAGGACUUCUGCGGGCAGGUCUGCGGCUUCCACUACUUCACCUUCCCGUCCGUGGUGGGUUACACGCUCCCCUACGCGUGGGUCGGGAACUCGGCGCGGCGGUGCCCGGAGGUGUGCGCGUACCCGUUCGCCAUCCCGGCGUACGUCCACGGCCGGAGGCCCGAGUCGCCGCCCAACGCCGACGUCGGCGUCGACGGGAUGGUCAGCGUCAUCGCGCACGAGCUGGCGGAGCUGGCGUCCAACCCGCUGGCCAACGCGUGGUACGCCGGGACGGACCCGUCGUUCCCGACGGAGAUCGCGGACCUCUGCGAGGGGAUCUACGGGACCGGCGGCGGCGGCGCGUACACGGGGCAGCUGCUGACGGACGCGCGGUCGGGGGCAGCGUACAACGUGAACGGCGCCGGCGGGCGCAGGUUCCUCGUGCAGUGGGUGUGGAACCCCGUGCUCAGCUACUGCUCCGGACCCAACGCGCUCGACCAGUAGCGAGCGGUGGCCAGCUCGCGUCUUCGUCGUCCGAGGACGCGCCGCCGAUGGAUGGAUGGAAGAUGGAUCCAUCAUCCAUCAUCUAUAGUACGUAGUGUUGGGCCUCCAUGGAUUUGGUUUCCUCGCUCGGGAAAUGAAAUCCGUGGAAUGUUUUUGUAUAGUUUUCUAUUGGAGUGAAGUGAGGUGGGGAGCACGGGGUGGGCAAUGGCAUGUCAAGUUUGAGGAGACUUUUGGAAUUUGAAGAUUUAUUUAAAUUUUGAGCAUUUGUUUCGGCCUCGGUUCGUUUGAAUUUGGUUCAUCUCAUCAUUUGGGUUGAUUUUCUUGGGAGAGCCGGGGCAAAACUGUCAGCGAGUAACAGUUGUGUACUUGAAGAUCAUCAUCACUAUCACUUUACUAGUACAGUGGUAACAUCAUAGCUUUGAAU